CAAAUGUGCAAUACCAAGAUGUCCUCCCUCACGGAUGCCUCUUCUGUCACCGCUUCCGAGCAAGAGGCGCUGGUGAAACCAAAGCCGCUAUUGUUGAAGUUGUUAAAGCUAGCUGGCGCAGAAAAGGACACUUUUACUAUGAAGGAGGUAAUAUUCUAUCUUGGACAAUAUAUUAUGUCUAAACAAUUAUAUGAUGAAAAACAACAACAUAUUGUACACUGUGCAAAUGAUCUCCUGGGGGAUUUAUUUGGAGUAACAAGCUUUUCAGUAAAAGAACACAGGAGGCUAUAUUCAAUGAUCUCCAGAAAUCUGAUAGCAAUCAAUCAACAAGACUCUGCGCUUGCUGACACACCUGAGGAGGAUGCCAGAAUUCAGCUUGAAGAAGAAAAUGUUCUAAAGGAGUCUGUGCAAGGGUUAGAAGAGAAGCAGGCUGCAUCACACGUGACCUCCCGACCGACUACGUCUUCCAGGAGGAGAACACACAGCGAAUCUGAAGAAAAUUCUUCGGACGACGCGCACAGCGACAGAAGAAAGCGACACAAGUCGGACAGCAUUUCCUUGACGUUCGAUGAAAGUCUCUCGUGGUGUGUAGUCAGUGGUCUCUGCCGUGACAGAAGCAAUAGCGAUUCAACAGAUUCUCUUUCGAUUCCUGAUCUCGAUGCCAGUUCGUUAAGUGAAAACUCUGAUUGGUUUGACCACAAUUCUGUUUCAGACCAGUUCAGUGUAGAAUUUGAAGUUGAGUCUAUUUAUUCAGAAGAUUAUAGCCAUAAUGAAGAAGGACAGGAGCUCACAGAUGAAGAUGAUGAGGUAUAUCAGCUGACUAUUUACCAGGAUGAAGAUAGUGAUGCUGAUUCAUUUGAUGAAGAUCCAGAGAUUUCUCUAGCUGAUUAUUGGAAGUGUCCUGAAUGUAGCGAAAUGAAUCCUCCGCUUCCACGGCAUUGCCACAGAUGCUGGGCCCUUCGGGAGGACUGGCUUCCGGAGGAAAAGAGCGAUAAACUGGCAAAGAGCAAGUUAGAAAGUUCCUUCCCCUUGGAGUCGGAAGAAGGUUUUGAUGUUCCCGACUGCAAGAAAGUGAAAAUGAGUGAAGACAAAGACGCAGCCGGAGAGGAGCAUGGGGAUAAAGCAGUACAGAUUUCCGAGUCCCAGGAAAGUGAAGAUUAUUCGCAGCCCUCAACGUCAAGCAGCAUGUUUUGCAGCAGUCAGGAGGACUACAAGGAACCCGAGAAGAGAGACGUGCAAGACAAAGAGGAAGGGGUGGAAUCCAGCCUGCCCGUGUCCAGCAUAGAGCCCUGCGUCAUCUGUCAGAGCAGACCUAAAAACGGCUGCAUAGUUCACGGCAAGACGGGACACCUCAUGUCGUGCUUUACGUGCGCGAGGAAGCUGAAGAAGAGGAACAAACCCUGUCCGGUGUGCAGGCAGCCCAUACAAAUGAUUGUACUCACUUAUUUUAGUUAGAUGGAUGUGCAAGGAACUGCAUGAACUGGUUAAGAGAGUAAGAAACUAUUUUUGUAUGCUUAUUGGAAAUUGAGUAUUUUGGGUCUCUUGACGUUUGGUAUGAAAAGUAUUUGCUGAAAUAAAUGCACUGG